AUGGGCAAUGUGGAGGAACAACUUGAUCGAUGUCAAACGAUUAAAACCACACUGAAAAAAAUUUGGAAAAAAAUCGAGACAUUUUUGCAGUUUGGAGAACGUUUCCCGGCAGCCGGGACAUCUAGCCACAAUAAGAAUUGUCCCGAGAAAACCGGGACGUCUGAUCAGCUUAUUGUAAAGUGCUAUAGCGAUGGGCAGUUAUGUUUAUCUAUCAGAUCAGUGAACCUUCGGAAGAUCGAAAUCUUGACGAUUGUGCAAGUUACAACAACUGGUGUCCGAAGCGGAUUUUUGAUAAAUCGAUACACUAAUUGGAGGAAAGUACUAAGAAAACAAAACCUCGACUCAAAAAAAGCAAAGACAUUUUUGAUAAACCGACUAAGAGACUCUCUUAAAAACAAAGCCGAAUCUAAAGAAAUGUCAGCCAAAAUGAAUAAAAAACUCGAAAUAUUAGUCAAAAUUGAAUUACAGGCAGUUGAACAAAAAAUGGCAGCCGAAAUGAAUAGAAAACAUGAUCGGCAGGCAACCGAAAUAAAAUACAAGAUCUACCAGACCAAGUUCAAAGCAAAAGCAUUCAGCUACGGGUAA